GCGGAGAGCUCGACGCGAGCUGGCUUCCAGGGUGGAUCGCCAACGGAAGACUCUGCCCCCCCCCCCUCCCGCUGCUCUGUCAAAACACAGCCAGCCGGUCCCCAGACGAGCACGCGACCGCAGAGAAGACCUCCUGCGGCCGAUUCAGCCCGGGAGAAACGCCACAGGACCCGGUAGAGUCGUCACCCGAGCGACGCUAAAUUAGCGAACGUCAUCGGCGAAGAAACACCCAAAGAAAAAAGAAUGGAGGAGAAGCCAUUCACGAAAGAACUCGACCAGUGGAUCGAGCAGCUCAACGAGUGCAAGCAGCUGUCGGAGGGACAAGUGAAAACACUCUGUGAAAAGGCAAAGGAGAUCCUCACCAAGGAGUCCAACGUGCAGGAGGUGAGAUGCCCCGUGACGGUGUGCGGAGACGUGCACGGCCAGUUCCACGACCUCAUGGAGCUCUUCAGGAUCGGAGGGAAGUCUCCAGACACAAACUACUUGUUCAUGGGAGACUACGUGGACAGAGGCUACUACUCCGUGGAGACGGUCACUUUGCUAGUGUCACUUAAGGUGCGCUACCAGGAGCGCAUCACCAUCCUGAGGGGGAACCACGAGAGCAGACAGAUCACGCAGGUGUACGGCUUCUACGACGAGUGCCUGCGCAAAUACGGCAACGCCAACGUGUGGAAGUCCUUCACGGACCUGUUUGACUACCUGCCCCUCACCGCCCUGGUGGACUCUCAGAUCUUCUGCCUUCACGGAGGUCUGUCGCCCUCCAUAGAUACUCUGGAUCACAUCCGGGCGCUGGACCGCCUACAGGAAGUGCCACACGAGGGUCCCAUGUGCGACCUGCUGUGGUCCGACCCCGACGACCGGGGGGGCUGGGGCAUCUCCCCCCGAGGAGCCGGCUACACCUUCGGUCAGGACAUCUCGGAGACCUUCAACCACGCCAACCGCCUCACGCUGGUGUCCCGCGCCCACCAGCUGGUCAUGGAGGGUUACAACUGGUGCCACGAAAGGAACGUGGUGACAAUAUUUAGUGCUCCCAACUACUGCUAUCGCUGUGGCAACCAGGCGGCCAUCAUGGAGCUCGACGACACCCUCAAAUACUCGUUUCUCCAGUUUGACCCAGCGCCUCGUAGAGGAGAGCCUCACGUCACUCGCCGCACCCCAGAAUACUUCCUGUAAAUAUUGACCUCUGACCCCUGUACAGUCGGGUCUAUCGUUGCCAUGAUGUAUGACCUCAAACCAAUAACAACAUGAAUGAUGGGGGGGGGGGGGGGCUACACAGCAGUGCACAUUGUAAAUCAACAAAAGAAGAACCCUGAUGUCAGUGUGUCUUUGAAUGGACCAAAAGGUGUGUUCCACAUCCUGAGUGCUUGUAUGGGGAGGUCUCCCCCUCUAUUUAAAGUUCUUCAUGUAGCUGGACCCCCCCCCCCCACCUGCCCUCCCACAUGCUGCCACAGCUUAUAUUUACUAGAUAUGAACCUGAUCUCUUUGCACUUUUUGUAAAUCUAAAGAAAUGUAACAUAUGUCAAAAGAUGGAAAUUAUUUCACACUAAAGAUGUUUUUGUUAUUCAUUUUUUGGCUUUUUUGAUUUUUUUAUGACAAAUAAAGCCCCAUCAGGCAAAGGUAUCUUUGUCCUGUGGACCUUCUUCUAAUGAGCUUACUGACUCCCUCUGAACUCCUGAGUCUGUGUGAAACGAACCGACUGAAUAAUAAAGAUAAAGUGGCUCCUU